AUGCCGUGGGGAGAUACACGUGCGCGAUCCAUUGGAUGGAGCGAUUGCGGAGUUCUGAAACAAGCUUCCAUCAAGCAGAUUCCAAGACUCUUAGCAGCUGUAAUCGUGAACGUGCUCUUCCUACGCAACCAUUGGAACUUGGGUCAAUGUCACCAGGGCUGGUUUUACGAACGCCAUCUUGGCAUCGGGCGACCGUGGAUGGUCAGAGUGGCAGUUCUUGGCAAGCCAUCGCAGCCUUUGGAUCAUCUUGGCGUCGGGUGGCCAUUGGUGAACUGCACGCCUCCUGCUUGGCACGGCUGGUCCCCAUUGUCCACUCAGCAGCUCGCAAUCAAGCACGAUGUCGCGAUAUCUCUGCUGGUUCAGUAUAUCAGACACCAAAACCAUUGA